ACGAGGCGGUCACAAGUGUGCCCCCACAUUUGACGUUCAUUCAAGGAAACUUAUUUGCGACCGCUUCUCGUUUUAUUAGCUUUGAUAAAUUGACAUUAAUAUUAUACAAACAAAUACUCGUGUAUUUAUAUGUUAGCCUGCCCGUAUGGCUGUACGUCUGUUUGUUUGUGCGCGUUCGAUUCCAAAAUAAAAAAUACAAAUUACAUAUAAAGAAGGAAACGCCAAUGCAAUAAAUUCAGACAUUUACGUUUAUAAAUGUUUGAGCACUCGCACAAUUUGCUUUUGUGACGCCAACCUACAAGUAUAACCGAACCACAGACAGGAAUAAAACUAAAACUGUGAGCAAUCCACGUUGGACUUUUCGAUUCGUUUCCUUUCCACACGCACAGAGAGAGUACAAAAGAAGUAGGAUAGACAUGAGCCUGCAAUCGAUCAAAUAUACACGCGGCAGUCUGGCAAUUUUGGAUCAGCUGCUGCUGCCUGUGCAGUCCAAAUAUGUGAGUGUGCAGGGCGUCGAGGAUGGCUGGAAGGUCAUCAAUAAAAUGCAGGUACGUGGUGCGCCAGCCAUUGCGAUCGUAGGCUGUCUAUCCCUCGCCGUUGAAAUACAUCCUGAGGAGUUCGGGACGAAGAAACAGCUGCGUCAGGAGAUCGAAGGGAAGCUCAACUAUCUGGUCUCAGCGCGGCCCACGGCGGUGAAUAUGAAAAUCGCUGCCGAUGAACUGAUUGCGCUGGCCAACGAGCUCUCCAAAGAUGACAGCGUCUCAGUCGCGGACAUGAAGCAAAGAUUCCUGAACGCCACCGAGGCCAUGUUGCAGAAAGACAUUGCCGACAAUCGGGCGAUUGGAGCGAAUGGCGCGACGGCCAUCCUGCAGCGUGUCUCGGCGGAAGGCGGCAAUGCUGGUCCGGUGCGGAUGCUGACGCACUGCAACACCGGAUCUCUAGCUACAGCAGGCUAUGGAACGGCACUCGGUGUGGUGCGGCAACUUCACGAGCUCGGCAAGCUGGAGCACGUCUAUUGCACUGAGACCAGGCCGUAUAAUCAGGGAGCGCGUCUCACUGCCUACGAGUUGGUGCACGAUAAAUUGCCGGCCACGCUGGUGCUGGACAGCAUGGUGGCGGCUCUGCUGCGGGCGAAGAAUGUGGCUGCUGUUGUUGUUGGUGCGGAUCGUGUAGCUGCUAAUGGUGACACAGCCAAUAAGAUUGGCACCUACCAGAUAGCCGUGGUGGCCAGGCACCAUGCUGUGCCCUUCUAUGUGGCCGCACCCCUCACAUCCAUCGACUUGCAAAUACCCAGCGGCGAUCACAUCAUUAUCGAGGAGCGACCCGAUCGCGAGAUGACGCACGUCGGCGAGCAUCGGAUUGCCGCGCCGGGCAUUAACUGCUGGAAUCCCGCCUUCGAUGUCACACCCGCUGCCCUCAUUACGGGCAUUAUUACGGAACGUGGCGUUUUCAAGCCUUCUGAGCUAAAGGCAGAGAUUAGGAAGUUGCUCGACUUAUAACCCAAUAGCCCAGACCCACACUUUAUUGUUGACAUAUGUAUGUUUAAAAAAAAAACGAAUGCACUCCGGUUUUCAAAACACUCACACACACAAACACUCACACGCACAGGCCAAGCUGUUUUGAACGGUUUUUGUAUACCUUUCAUAUGCGCAUGUAUAUAUGUAUGUAUGUUCGUGUAGGAGGUGUAAGCCAUGUGUGCAAAGCAGCCGGAAGUGGGUCAGAACAUAGAUUCGAUUGCGGCUGCCUACUGACGACAAAAAUAUAAUGCACAAUACUAUGCCUCUGUA